GCCCCCUCUCCGGCGCGCCGGCGCGGCAGGGGAAUAUAAAAGAGACGCCUGGCUCCCUCUGCUGCCCAGUCGCACUGCCAGCAGGCUGAGGGCGUCAGGGAGCUAGCUAGCGGGGACUGCAGGCGACAGGACUGACCCGAGCCGAGCUGUCGCCUUCCUCACGGCCCGCUAUCCAGGUGUGUGAACCUGUGAAGUGCCCCAAGAUGAUCUGGGUUGUUUUAAUGAUGGCGAUUCUACUUCCUCAGUCUUUAGCCCAUCCAGGGUUUUUUACGUCAAUUGGUCAGAUGACUGACUUGAUCCAUAAUGAGAAAGACCUGGUGACAUCACUAAAAGAUUAUAUUAAAGCAGAAGAGGACAAGUUAGAGCAAAUCAAAAAAUGGGCAGAAAAGUUAGACCGGCUAACGAGUACAGCAACAAAAGACCCAGAGGGGUUUGUUGGGCAUCCUGUAAACGCAUUCAAGUUAAUGAAACGUCUGAACACUGAGUGGAGUGAGUUGGAGAAUCUGAUCCUCAAGGACAUGUCGGAUGGCUUCAUCUCUAACCUAACCAUUCAGAGGCAGUACUUCCCUAAUGAUGAAGAUCAGGUUGGAGCUGCUAAAGCUCUGUUCCGUCUGCAAGACACCUACAAUCUGGACACCAAUACCAUCUCAAAGGGGAAUCUCCCAGGAGUGCAACACAAGUCUUUCCUGUCAGCCGAGGACUGCUUUGAGCUGGGCAAAGUGGCCUACACAGAGGCAGAUUAUUACCACACAGAGCUGUGGAUGGAGCAGGCUCUGACGCAGCUGGAGGAGGGAGAGCUGUCUACUGUGGAUAAAGUCUCUGUUCUGGAUUACCUGAGCUACGCGGUGUACCAGCAGGGAGACCUGGAUAAGGCGCUUCUGCUCACCAAGAGGCUUCUCGAGCUAGAUCCUGAACAUCAGAGAGCUAAUGGUAACUUAGUAUAUUUUGAGUAUAUAAUGAGUAAAGAAAAAGAUGCCAAUAAGUCUGCUUCGGGUGACCAAUCUGAUCAGAAAACUACACCAAAGAAAAAAGGGAUUGCUGUGGAUUACCUGCCAGAGAGACAGAAGUACGAAAUGCUGUGCCGUGGGGAGGGUAUCAAAAUGACUCCCCGGAGACAGAAAAGACUGUUCUGCCGCUACCAUGAUGGGAACCGGAAUCCUAAGUUCAUCCUGGCCCCAGUCAAGCAGGAGGACGAGUGGGACAAGCCCCGGAUUAUCCGUUUCCAUGACAUCAUCUCUGACGCGGAGAUUGAGAUUGUCAAAGACUUAGCAAAACCAAGGCUGAGGCGAGCCACCAUUUCAAACCCAGUAACAGGAGCCUUGGAGACGGUACAUUACAGAAUUAGCAAAAGUGCUUGGCUGUCUGGCUACGAAGACCCUGUGGUAUCUCGAAUUAAUAUGAGAAUACAAGAUCUCACAGGACUGGAUGUUUCUACAGCCGAGGAGUUACAGGUAGCAAAUUAUGGAGUUGGAGGACAGUAUGAGCCCCAUUUUGACUUUGCAAGGAAAGAUGAGCCGGAUGCCUUUAGAGAGCUUGGGACAGGAAAUAGGAUUGCCACGUGGUUGUUCUAUAUGAGCGAUGUGUCUGCUGGAGGAGCUACUGUUUUUCCUGAAGUGGGAGCCAGUGUUUGGCCCAAAAAAGGCACUGCUGUCUUCUGGUAUAAUCUGUUUGCCAGUGGGGAAGGAGAUUACAGUACACGGCAUGCAGCCUGUCCCGUGCUAGUUGGAAACAAAUGGGUAUCCAACAAAUGGCUCCAUGAACGUGGACAAGAAUUUCGAAGGCCGUGCACCCUGUCAGAAUUGGAAUGACAACCAGGCUUCCCUUGGCUCCUGUUGUCCUCUAACGCACCAGGCACGAUCGCUGAUUAUAACUCUCAGACGUUUACAGCUGACUAACACUCCAUGAUUAAUAGGGUCAUGAGCCUCAUCCUCGUGUCUCAUCUGUGGACAAUCACUUAUUUUGUGGAUUUUUUUUUUUAAUUAGCUCAAUCACCACACUAUGUAAAACUUAUGGUUCACUUAUCACAGGAUACAGGACAUUUAAAAUGAGGAACCUAAUCUUGUGUUUAAAAGAGCUUUUGGUUAAUUUUUUUUAAAAAGCAUUCAGGAGUAGAUUUCACCACAUAUCAGGAGCUGGUGGAGCAGGCGAGGCUGUGUGGCAGGCGAGCAGAUGCCUGUGGUCAUACAGACGGCAGGCAUGCAGACGCCCGUGCGCUGCUCUUCCGCUGUGUGGACUGCUGAGCACUGGUAACUAACUAGGGCCCAGUCAGGUCUGCUAUUCCACCUGCAGAGAUCCUAUUACUUAAACUCUUUUUAUCAAAUCCCCCUCCUCACCACGGUGAAUUCAGCCAGUCUGAGAAAAUUACUUUGUUCAAAAAGUCCUGCAGAACUGGCCCCCCAACCGGAUGCUCAGACUUCGCCCUUUCCCUCAGUGACUGCUGGUUGUCCGAGACUGUUCCAAGUGCCGAUCCGCUGCAGCAGGCGCUGGUGUCGGCAUUCUGAUUAAAUUCUGUGCCUUAGGAGACGGGGAGUUAGAAAAUGGACAGGUCCUUGUACUGAGGGAGUUGAUUUUUAAAAAGAAAUGUUUUAUAAGAAGCCAAGAUGUUUGUUUUUUCCAUUCUGAAAUGUGUUAUGAUAACAAUGACCUAUUUAUGAUCUUAAAUCUUUUUUUUUUUUAAAACAGUCUCUGUGUGGUAUUUUCAUGUUUAAAUCCAAAUGUAAGAAUUGAGUGCUACUCCCAGGCCCAUUCUAAUUUACUUCUUUACUGCAUAGAGCUUAGAUUUACUAUUCAUGGUUAAACAUUCGUCACCCAGAACAGGCUUCCUUGGGAUAAGCUUCGGAGCAUUUGUCCCAAGACGGUGACGCUUUGGUAUGAGUUGUUACAGUAAAGACACUUGCAGUUUCUCUUAGUCAGAAGCAGGAACGUGGUCUUGAGGCCCUGCACUUGAUGAAUAUGAAGGAAUUCUUUACACGGGGCUCCAGCUCAUUUUAAUUCUCUGGGAAAGUAGAUAUUAAAAUGAGCUGUGUCCAUCACAAGGAUUUUAGCAAAAAAUAUCAAAGAUUAAGUUCAGCAAUUUAAACUGAUUUUAUAACCAAACUGUUUUAAAAAACAAACAGGCUGGAAAUGGUGGGCCCAUAUCUUUGGUCCUAGCACUUAGGAGGCAGCAGCAGCAGAAUCUCUCUGAGUUCAAAGACAGCCUGACCUACAUAGUGAGUUCUGGGUCAGCCAGGGCUACAUAGAGAGAUCCCAUCUCAAAAACAGGCAAAACAAGUUCUUUUAUAGCUUAGUCAGAGCACCAGUGUGAGUCCCUGGCUUCCAUUCCCACUACCAAAACCCUGUGUUCUAGCUAACAUGAACGCAACAGAUUUUACAAGUGAAAUGGGGAUUUCAAGGCGAAAAAACAGUUCUGUCACAAGGUGUUAGCAAGUAGCUUGUAAGUUAGGAAGCUAACAUAUGCAUCAGCCUGCCUGUAUCCUGAGUCCUGAUGAGAAAGUGGGGACUUUGUUGAAACCAGCAAUGGCCUAUAAACACGUGAAGAAACACUCCACCUCUGGGCCUUUAAGGAGAUCAGCAGUGUUAACCCAGGGUCCUAUCAGGACAGUAAAGUUGCCUAGAAUGUGUGAGAUCUGUUAUUAUGGAAAAGUUCCUCACAAUUCGACUUCCUAUCAUCAGUUUCUGAGUAUGAAAUGAAGACGGGGUGGAAUGUUUAUACCAGUGCUCAUAACAGGAUUAUUUGUAAUCACCGUAAAGAGGAAGCCACCUAUGUUGAGAAACAGGUGAGUGGAGAAACGAUGGCAUGUGCAUUAGAAAAAUAGCCACAGCCAAUUCACCCCGCUCAACAUGGACGAGCCCACUUACACGAGAUCCCUAGAGGAGCCGAUGGUGCCUGAGCCGAGAUGAGAUACUUGGGGUUAGCAUUUACUGGGUGUGUUGCACAGCAAUGUAAUACAUUUACUGUGAUCUCAAUACACUCUUUGACUUCAGAUUUA